AUGGACACUGAGUCACAGUCGCUUUCGGACGCAUCAGAGUCCCUGUCAGAAUUGAAGAGGCAGCGGGAUGAAUUGACGAGGCGCAUCAAGGAAAAAGAGAAUAGACGAGAACUCAGGAACGUGAAGCAGAGGAUCGGACUUGAGGGUUCUCCAAGCAACGGAAACCACGAUCUUGAAAGCGAGGGGUUACCGCAGUCGGGGAAAGGCAACGAAGGGAACGACAGCGAGGGAGCUGACGGGUCUGCAGAGCAGUUUGAAGGAAAUGAGGAAGACAACCUGAGCAAAGAGGACAACGGGGCCGAACGCGAGGAGUCAUCCUGCGGUCCAGGCAGGCAUCAGAUCGAGGAGAAUUGUUUUUCGGACACGCAGGCGGAGAGGGAACAGGAGCGAAGCGGGUUAGACUCGGCGGAACGGACUUCAGAUGGGAGCGCUGACGAGGAGAGCGAGUAUUGGCCUCUUUCGGACGAAGAGGAGAGCGAUGACGAACAGAUUUCAGAAGCGAGUGGAGAGGAGAGUUUGUCCAUACAGAGCGGAGAGAACGAGAGUGAGGAUUGGACGCCUUCAGACGAGGAGGAAAUUGGGGAGGAAACAUUGGAAAGUGAGGAUGAGAGCGACCUCGAUGAGGCGGGUGCAAUCGAGAGCGAUGAAGAAGAGAGCGACGAGGAGUCGGAAAGCGACGAUGAGUCGGACGACGACGAUCCUUUUGUUGCCCCAUUGCCAAUCCCCGUGACGCCCCAGCUCCAGGCCGAGCUCCAGCGGCUGUGCGCGACGCGUAUCCCUUACAACGGGAGCAGGGACUCGCUCCGCGAGCACUGCAACUUUGACCUGUCUACGCAGGGCCUGCCUCGGGCGGUGCUCGAUCCGUCUGUCUACGUGGCGCACUCUCCGGAGCAGUCGAACAAGACUGUUGGGAUCGCGGCUAUCUCUAUAUUCGCGCAUGCGGUCGCGCGCCCGAGCGUUGUCCUGGUGAAGGAGGUGGAGAUGAAUGCGGAGGGGGUCUGCGAGAAGCUGAAGAAGAUCUUUCAGCCAUUCGAAAUGGAAGCGCUGUGCCUGACCGGAGCCAAGAAGGGUUGGAGAGCCCUUUCUGAGAGCCCCUUCAAGACGGGAUGCGUCAGGGACGGGCGCCUCGUGCUGGUCGUGCCCGCAUAUCAGAGCGCCAUCAACCACUGCGCGGACUUCCUGCGCGAGAACCACAUCCGUGACGUCAUGCUGACUAUGGACGAAGCGGACAACUUCUUCUCCAACUCGUGGACCCGGAGGACACCGCGCACUGGGGCUCGCUGCGCUUGA